AUGACCGAACAUAUUGAUGGUAGUCGUUUAAAUCACGAUCUUCGUUAUCGUUUUGAGUAUUUAUCAAAAUUUAUAAAUUUUACAAAUGAUGACAUUAAAUCAUUAAAUACAUUAGCGACAAUAGCUCUUCCACUUAUUCCGGUAAUUGUAGAUGCUGUCUAUAGAAAAUUAUUUCAAUUUGAUAUAACAAAAGAAUUUUUUGUUUUGCGUAAUGAUGGUUUUGAUGGUCGAUUAAAAAAGGAUGAAGGACUUACAUUAGAUUCCGCACAAAUGGCAUAUCGUCGAGAUAUGUUAAGUGGUUAUUUAAAACGUUUAUUAUUACAACGUGAAUGGACAGAUGAUUUUCUUCAAUAUCUAUCACGAAUUGGUCGAAUGCAUACAAAUAAAGUUGGAUUAGCAUCAAUUAAUGUUGAUUACGUACAUAUGAAUGCAACAUUAAGUUAUGUUGAAACAUUGAUUAUUGAUUCUGUUUGGAUUACAGAAAAUAUUGAUAAUAAAACAAAAAAAGAUAUUUUAACAGCAGUAAAUAAAGCAUUUAGAAUUCAAAAUGAUUUAUUUCUUUUACAUUAUCUUGAACCAUCAAAAGAAACUAAUGCAACAACAUCUUCAACACAUCACAAAACAAAAAAAUGUGUUUGUAGUUGA